GCACAACAGGGAGGACUGCGAAUAACCACCACCUACGAUACGAACAGUUCCUCAGUUCCUGUAGCAUUCAUGGCUGCCUGUUUGUUGACUUUUAGUUUCUAUUCGCUUCGCCAUUGUAAAUGACCCAUGUACUGUACAAUGCCUUAAAAGCAUAGAAAUUAUUUGACCCACUGGGCCUCGGUGUUCAUCAAUCCUACGAAUUAAGGUGAAGGCCUCAAAAUGAUUCCAAAUCCUCAAUCAUACCAAUAUGACUUUUGGAUCCAGAGUUCAGAAGAUGCCACUGUUGAGAUUAGUUGCCUCAUGCCUAAUGGACUUUUUAUACCAAUGGAAGUUAAUAGAAAUGCAACGCUCCAAGAAGUUAAAGAGGAUUUGUGGGAGGAAGCUAGCAAAUACCCAUUACAUGGGCUUCUUCAUGAUGCCUCAAUUUAUGUGUUCAUGUGCAUCAAUUCUAUGGCUGAGCCUGAAGAACUUCAUGAUGAGAAUCGUCGUCUUUGUGAUGUUAAACCAUUUUGUUGCAUAUUGAAAGUAUCCCAACGUGUUGGUGAUACAGCAGACAAUGCAAUAAAUACUGAGAUUGGAAGACUAAUUGGGAAAGGUCUUCAUGAAUUCCAAGCAUUAAAAAAUUCUGAGAUAAAUGAUUUUAGAUGGAAAAUGAAAAAUUUAGGGGAUGAAGUUGCCCGAACUCGAGUCAAUAAAUCAUGGCUGGAGAGACUUUAUUAUCAAUUUCCCCCUCGACUAGCCGAUCCUACUAAAGAUAUACCUCACAAUGUUGCGUGUAAGCUUCGAGAUGGAACUUUUGUAUUGACGACUAAAUUUGAGAACACUGAUGCCUCAUUUACCUUCAUUGUUACUUAUAAUACCAAGCCACAACAGUUAAUUACCCAGAUAUUAAAUAAGAAAUCCCAGAACUUAGCCUUCAGUGGUGAACAGGCACAAAACUUUGUUUUAAAAGUUUGUGGGCAAGAUGAAUACCUUGUGGGUGAUGUGCCUCUCAUUCAGUUUCUAUAUAUUCAAGAAAUGAUAGCCAAAGACUGUUGUCCACUUGUUGUCACUGUUUCAAUAGAUAGUAUUCCAGUUGAUAGAGAAAAUUCCAAUGAUGUAGGCAGUAAAGAAAUGCAAAGAACAAGGCAACCAUCAUCAACCAAUACACAACGUAAGAAAGGGAAGCACAUCUCUUCAUGGAGUAUUAAACAACCAUUUGAGUUUCAAGUGAAAGAGAUAUCUCGCCUUAACUGCAAUGUAAAUCGACCCGUUGAGGUUGUGGUGAAGGCUGGCCUCUUUCAUGGAGGAAAGUCCUUGUGUCAGCCAAAGCAAACAACAGAAAAGGCUGUUGAAUCAAAUUGUGUUGCAAAAUUUGAAGAAGUUUUAAAGUUUGAUAUCAAUGUGUCAAAUAUUCCAAGAAUGGCAAGACUCUGUCUAAUGGUUUAUGAAAUAUCUAAAAGUUCUAAAGGUGUCAAGUCAAGAAGAUUAAAAGACUCCAAACAGGAAUUAUACAUUGUCCCUCUUGCAUGGGUUAACACUACAGUUUUUGAUUUCAAAAAUCAAAUGAACACGGCUACGACUCUUUACAUGUGGACGUAUGCUGAGGACAUUCAAACAGAUGAUUUACUACACCCUUUAGGCACUGUUGUGUCCAAUCCUUUAGGUAGUGAUGCAACUCAACUGACCCUAGCAUUCAAAAAGUAUCAUCCAGAUCACACGGUUGUGUACCCAUCCCUUGAGAAAGUUCUAGAAUUUUCAGAAACUAAGGGUGAACUAAAACUUGCUUUGGAUAUGUCAGAACCUUCAAGUCAAAGUCAACAAUAUCUUGAUACUUUGAGGUCAAAUGUGGAAACAGAUCCUACCUUUGAAAUGCACGAGCAAGAGAGAAAGAGAGUUUGGGAGCUUCGCUAUGACUGUAUGAAACUGAUGCCUCAUCAGCUCCCUAUGCUUUUAACAUGUGUGGAGUGGAAUGAUCAGAUCGAGACUGCUGAAGCCAUAACACUACUACAGCAUUGGCCUACAUUACCUGUUGAAAAAGCACUAGAACUUUUAGAUUACGCAUAUGCUGAUCAAUCAGUCAGAACUUUUGCUGUGAAGUGUUUGCGAGAUGUCAGUGAUGAAGAUUUAUCACUCUACCUUCUACAACUCGUGCAAGCUCUUAAACAUGAGUCUUAUUUAUCCUGUGAUCUAGUUGAGUUUUUAUUACGCCGGGCACUAAGUAAUCAAAAGAUUGGUCAUUAUUUAUUUUGGCACCUAAGGUCUGAAAUGCAAGUUGCGUCAGUAUCAGUGCGUUUUGGCCUUAUUCUUGAAGCUUACUGCCGUGGUAGUCAAGAACAUAUGCGCUUACUCUUCAGGCAAUUAGAAUGCCUUGAUAAACUCAAACUAACUAGCGACGAGAUGGUAAGAAGCAAAAAAGACAAAGACAAAGCCAAGCAGUUCCUUCAAGAGCGUCUUCAGGAACCCCACUGUCAAGAUGCUCUUUCUAAACUUGCAAGUCCUCUUGAUCCUAGGUAUCGCUGUAAGAAAGUUCGUGUUGAAAAAUGUAAAGUAAUGGACAGUAAAAUGAGACCUCUUUGGAUUGUAUUUGAAAAUGUAGACCCCUAUGGUGAAGAUGUCUAUGUUAUCUUCAAAAAUGGGGAUGAUCUGCGACAAGAUAUGUUAACUUUGCAAAUGAUCCGCAUCAUGGACAAGUUGUGGAAAAAUGAAGGUCUUGAUUUAAGGAUGAAUGCAUAUGGUUGCAUUUCUACAGACAAUAGAGUUGGACUCAUUGAGGUUGUUUUAAAUGCAGAAACCAUUGCAAACAUUCAGAAAGAUAAGGGCAUGCUGUCUGCCACCUCUGCUUUUCAAAAAGGCUCUCUUCUUGCUUGGUUGAAAGACCACAACCCUUCAGAGACAAAACUAAAUAAAGCCAUUGAAGAGUUUACUUUGUCUUGUGCUGGUUACUGUGUAGCCACAUAUGUCCUUGGUGUGGCUGAUAGGCACUCAGACAACAUUAUGGUGAAAAAGACAGGACAACUAUUCCAUAUAGAUUUUGGGCAUAUCUUGGGUCAUUUCAAAGCAAAGUUUGGUAUUAAAAGAGAACGUGCUCCCUUUGUUCUCGUUCAUGACUUUGUUCAUGUCAUCAAUAAAGGACAAACCAAAAAGGGACAAGCUCUUGAGUUUCAAAUGUUUCAAAGCCAUUGUGAAAAGGCGUUUUUAAUAUUAAGAAAACAUGGAGGACUUAUUUUAUCACUCUUUGCCAUGAUGAUCUCUACAGGACUGCCAGAGCUAAGCUCUGAAAAAGACCUUAACUAUAUCAGAGAUACUCUGGUUUUAAACAAGACCGAGCAAGAGGCCAUUGCUCAUUUUCGUGCAAAAUUUGAUGAGGCUCUAGCUCUUGCCUGGAGAACCUCGUUGGACUGGGCAGCUCACAAUGUUGCAAAGAACAAUAAACAAUAGGUGAGCAACUCCUUAGGUUCUAAAUUUCCCUGUUGUAAGGAAAGAUAAAAGGAUGGGUUGGUUGGUUUUGACUGACUCAAGAGGUGUAGGAGUUAAGGAAAAGUGGGAAAAAUGAAGAUUCAAAAUUCUUUGGUCAUCCCAUGAGCAACCUCCUUAGAUCCAGGAUGUUUUCGAAAGCAAGGCUCGUCUGCUGUCUUCAUUCUUUGAUUUGUAAUUAUAAUUCUCAAAAAAUAACUACAAUAAAUGUAAAUUUGUCUCUGUUUACGACCUCAAUUUCUGUACAUAUACAGGGUAACAUAGUUAUAGCUUCUCAAAAGAAUAAUGAACGCUACACUAGUCAUUCAAUCAUGAACAUAACUCUAGAUAGAUUAUCGUAUAGUGAACUCUUGUUAUACUUUAGAAUCCAGUAAAAAACUACAUGUCUUGUGGUAUUGCAGCCAUAUUUAUAUUGAUGUUUCACUAUGUAUUUUCAAGUUGUGUUGCAUUAAAAAUUCUGACGCUACUGACUGACAGUUAACAGGCGUAAAGCAGACAGUCUGUUAUAUUAUGUUGUACACUCCUCAUAAACCCGUUGGUUGUACUGAAAAUAAAUAUUAAGAUGCUGCAGCAAAUACAGUUUUGAAAUAGAUAGAAAGGGAAAUUUUUCAGUGGGCCAAACCCUCUGCUCAAUUUUUAACUUUCUUUUGUUGAGUUUAUUCUUCUUUAGUGUAGUGGUUAAUUCUUUCAUGAAUAAUGGGUCAUUUUCUUUGCUAUUUGUGUAAUGCUUAACCUUUAUUUGUUCUAACAAAAAAAACACUCAUUUUUUGAAACAUUUUGGUUUAAAUCAAGGACAUAGUCCUGGGUUGUUAUAAAAAUCAGAUAAAGGUUUGUUCUACACACUGUGGCUCUCUGGAGGAAAACUCUUGUAUCUUUUAAGCCAAGCAACUAAGCUAAGCAAUAAUAUUGGAAGCUUGGAAUCUGCAAUAAAUGUUAAAAGGCUUUCUUGUUCCUCCAAACGUGCCUAGCCUAGUUCAAACAAAUACUUAUUUUUCUAAAAUUUAUGAUAAUAACUAAUGCCAAUUAGUCUUCCUUUACUGCUACCAAAUUUAAAUCUACUUCUACUGUGAAAUGCUUGCAAAUGUGCUGAUGUAUUAAGUUAGUUAAAGGAUCGGAGGCAGUUUGAUUUUUUGCCGAAAUUUUCCUACAGAUGUGUUACUUUUUCAAAUUUAUGACGUAAGUGAUAUCAGCUGCAUGUAUUGGAUUUGAGUUCAAAUGUUAUCCAAAUAUGUUGGAUUUUCAUCUAUUUUAUUUAUAUUGACUUAAGUUAUGAGAGCACAGUGCUAUUGUAUGUUUCUUUUUAUCACCCAGUAUUCUGUUGGUUUGAAAUAGUAUUGUUAUGUAAUACACACCAAAUUGUUUAUCUUAAAAAGUACAGGGUGUCGAGGCUUAUGCACUCUACUUUUUAUUUAAAGUUAUACUCUACCAUAUGACGAGGUGCGGGCGGGUUUUCCCUGCAAAGUACAGAUUUCUGUGUGUGGUACAUUUAACAAAACAACAAAAGAAAGAAAGGAAUAUAGAAAGAAAGGGAAAGAAAAGGGCAUUUGUUUUGCUUGGUUUUCUCUCAUUCUUUGAUGGUCAUCACAGCACUAAAUUUAAUUUAACGUAGAGUUGCUGUGUUGGUUUAUUUGGAUUACUGAUCGAAUCCUUAUUCUAAAUUUGUGCUUUUUAUCCGGUUAAAUAGAAUUCAAGCCAUUAAAAUGAUAUAAUUUAUAUUUUUAAACAGCAAUUGCUUGUUAUGCCACAAAAAAUGUAAUUUCAUUACACAGAGUACAUCCUGUGCUGUUGGGUUCUAUAAAGUGAUGGCCACUCCUGAGGGUCGCUGGUUCUAUACCAUGGCUUGAAGGCAAUUAAUUUUGUCAGCUAUUCGUAUUUUUCUGUACCUCAUUUGGUUUUGCUUUGUGUGUUUUUUUGUGUGUAUGAGGGAGUGUAUGUGGCUGUAGUCUCCUGUAUUCAGUAUGAGACAAGUUAAAGCGGUCCCGGCUCUGUCAGCUGUUAAGAGCAGGGCUGUGUCUUUAGCUCCAGCUUGAUUCAGCUUUGGAUGAAUGAAACCAAACGCACCUCCUUUUUUUUUUCAUUUCUACUAAAAUUGAUAUCGAGUUCAUUCUCAGUUGUGUGUACCAGAUUGUAGAACUGGUAUUUUUAACUGAGAAUGGAGAAAUGUGAUGAUUUGUAUACUUUUGUUUAAUAUUAUUACUGUAAGAGAUAUGUGUAACAUGUGCCAUGCAAUCGAUAUGACAGCCAUGAAGAAAUUCCAAAUUAUUUAUGAUUGCUUUCAGAGCAUUUUUGUGCCUACAUCAGAUUUUAUGACCUUGCCUGCUGCUGUGUUGUCAUUGUUCUAAUUAUUUGCAAAUACUGUCUAUCUACACGUCGUAUUGCUUUAUUUUUCAACCCACUCUGUAUGCUAAAAGCUUCAAAAUUUUUUAUCAGAUUCAAUUUAUAGAUGUAAGCUAUUGUUAAGGAUUUUUUUAUAUUUUUGUAUUUUAUGUGUACUGACUCAAAUCAUGUUAGGAUCCUAUUGAAAUUUAUGAAUUUUCACCAAUGUUGUUGAAUUCUGUCUUUUUUUGUUUGUUGUUUGUUUGUUUGUUUUGUUAUCUAUUCACACAAUUCACCAAUAUGAUUGUGUAAUAGUGUACUCUUCUGUAGACAACAUGGCAUGUCAGAUUUUUGUAUGAAAUCUGUUUCUUGAGUGAUGCCUAUCUCUCAUAUACGAUAACCCCUACUGACACCUUAACCAAGUACGUAUAAGCCUCUCAAGCCUAAUAAUCAUGUUCCAUGACUUUUCUUGCUUCUUUUCUAGAAACCUCAACAGCAUGGUACAAUACAAGAUCUUUCUAGAAAUUUUGUUAAAGAUUAAACUCAUAACUUUAUCUGAUUUUUUUGGUGCUUUGUUGGAUAUAAUUUGUUGUUGGGUAAACCAUAAAUAUGAGUAUAACUAAUUACAACUGUAUGUUUGACUUACAAUAUAUUUUAUUUAAUUUUGUAAGGGUGUAGAUUGUAGAUCCUGAGUAAGUUACAAAUUUUUGUCUUGGUGCGAUAAUUGAUCUCAUUCAAAGCUGUUCAUGAAUUGAACUGCAUAAACUUCCCAUUGAUGUGAGAGUUAAAAAAUAGCAUUUAAAGAAUUUGUCAUAUUACCCAUACUGGUCCAAAAUGACCUGAUAAGAGUAGUUAAAUAAUACUACAACAAUCUUGCUCUUGAUUUAUUUUUGCAGUGGGCCUAGUACAAUUUGGUCUAAAAUGUUAAUGAGAAAAUAAAUGAAACUGAUGACGAUAAAA